AUGCAGUACUGGCAGAUCUUGCUGGCGCUAACGGCAGGACUUCGAAGCUUGACAACCGCGACGACGAUCAGAACAUGCACCACGGGUUGCAAAUCAAUGAUCAUUGACGAUCAGGAUACAAACGCAAUGUUCGAAGUCACCUGUAUAGAUGGCACUUACUGUGUCAAUGAAGUUGCUGGAGCCGCAGCUUGUGUGCAGGAACCACCAGAUGGCUGCGAAGCAGACGGUCCUGAUCCUGGAACUGGCACAGGCACACCAAUCGAACCUCUCGUGUGCACCGGUGAAGGCAUUUACCCGGACCCAUCCGAUUGUAGCGUUUUCCACUAUUGUCCCGGGUACGGUAGCCAAUCAGAGUCGCAAUCGUGCGCCACCGGCACCGUCUUCGAUCCGGAAUUCCAGUCGUCAUCCCCAUGCAAAACAACGAACGACACAGAGGCUGACUGCCUUCAGGUGGAUUGUACCGAAACCACAGUAUUCAAGCGUUAUGGAACAAGCACGAAAUAUUUCGCCUACUGUCGAGCGGCUGCCGACUCUACUGAAGCAGAACCGAAGUGGAUUGUAUCGGUGUUCAAAUGUGCUGCUCAAACGUCCUUUGAUGGUACACAGUGCGCCUACCAGUGCGUGGAGGAAGGGAAUUUUGCAAACCCUGCGAGCACGACCUCGUACUAUCAAUGUUACUAUUCGGAUGGAGUGCUUAUUGGAAGGACAUUGGCUUGUACGAACGGACGUGUUUUCAAUGACUUACUGAAAAUCUGUCUUUGA